AUGAAAAAUGGUCUUUCUAUAAAGAGGUACUUGGUGCACUCUGGAGGCUUAAGCAAGCAAACAAUGUAUAUAUAUAAACGUUGCAAGUGGAGCAGAGCCUUUCACAGUAAUAGAUACCUGCUGGAAGACAAACGUCGUGAAAAGAGUCUUCAGAGAAAAAUUUUGGAAAGGAUUCUUAGACCCAAGGAGGAAAAUGCUGUUAAGAAAUCAGGAUUCAAGCUAUGGUCAAGUCAUUUAAAUAAUUCGCGCAGAACGUAUGAACGGUUAGAGGAACUACAGAAGCAUAUUAUGGAACAAGUACACGUUGAAGGUUCCAAGAAAAAUGAUAAGUUAUUUGACGAAAUAAAUCAAUGGCAUUUCCAAAAUGAAAAUACAAGUACUGUUCUAACUCCUACAUUACUGAUACACGGUUACGCUGCUUCCUCAAUGUCCUUCUUCAGAAAUUAUCCGGGUCUCUCUAAGCACAUCCGAAACUUGUAUUCAAUUGAUAUGCCAGCGAGCGGAUUGUCUUCAAUACCGUCUUUAGAGAUUAAUACAACGACACCUUUGCCGUUAGAUAUCAAAUUUAUUGGAAGGAAUAAGUUUAGGGUUCCAUAUACAAUAAAUGCGAGUCACCAUAAAUUUGUGAUCCAAAUGUACGAAGAUUUCUACCUCGACAGAAUCGAACAAUGGCGCAUUGACAACAAAUUAGGCAAAAUAAAUAUUGUGGGACAUUCUUUUGGUGGAUAUUUAUCUUUUAAAUAUGCUGUUAAAUAUCCAGAAUCAGUAGACAAACUUUGUUUGGUAUCCCCUUUGGGAGUGGAAAGAAAUAUAUGGUCCGUUAAUAAUAAUUUCCACUCUAACACUCUCUACACUAUCGAUUUCGAAGAUCCAAGUUCCAAGUUUUACUCGAAAAGAAACUUGAUUCCAAAAUAUUUGUUUGAACAACAAUUUCAAAUUUUGAGAAUGAUGGGCCCAUUAGGAGCUAAGUUAUGUUGGAAUUACAUAAUGGCAGCAUAUAGUCGAGUUCCAUCAAUGGCAUACAAAGAAUACAUCUUUGAAUUGUUUUACGGUAAGGGAGGUAUGCCGGCGGUUACAACAGAUAUUUUCAAAGGGUUAUUUUCAAGAUGUAUUUUAGCGAAGGAUCCCUUAAUGGAUUCCCUGCAUUAUUUAAACCUAAGAAAAUUAUUCAUAGUAUAUGGGCAAUAUGAUUGGAUGAAUAAAAAAGCCGGUAUGCUCAUGGUCAAAGAGUUGAACAAUUUAGGGAACUGUCUAGAAGGAGCAAGUUAUUCAGAAAUACCCUCUUCCGGCCACAACCUUUUUUUAGAUAAUCCGCAAUCCUUUAACCAAUCUAUAGUGUCGUUUUUAUCAGAGGAACCUAAAUUGCCUUGA